AUGGAUUUUUGGUCCGGCCUUUCCUCGGAUUUGCGCUGGUGUUCACAAAGCUCGGCCCAGUUUGUGGCAGGGGACUGGCACUUUGGGUGCCUGCCCCACGUGAACCAGAGCCUCUUCUGCUGCGGGGAUGAGCUGCUGGAGCUUCGGGAGCAUGCGGAGCAGGUGCUGAUCUAUCGGAAGAGGGCCCUGAACGACGCUGCGGACCAGAUGGACUCCUUCGGGGGUGGGUUCGGUGCCUGCAGGCUGCAGGAGUAUCUCUGGCUGGGCUUUGCCGAGGCCCGAGUCGUGGCGGUGGGAGGCCUGGAGGUUCUGCGCUUUGCCAUGCAGGACCUCUCCUGCCAGCUGUGCUGGGCCAACGACUUCGACCGUAGCGCCCAGAUCGCCCGCGUGGCACACCGGGACUUGGAGGCGGUGAUGCGGCGCCUGGCCCAGCUGCGCCAGGGCCUCGCAGAACUCUUGGGGCCACCGGCGCAGGCUGCGGCGCUUGCGGCAACUGCGGCGCCUGCGGCGUGCCCGUCUCUGCCCUUUUGGUGGGUUCAGGUGGCAGCGCCUGCUGCUGGCAUCAACGUCUCCGUGCGGGCCGGCGGUUUGAGGGCGGUCCGCCAGUGGAUGGAGUCGCUGGCGGUGUCGAUGACCGCCGUGGCAGGGGAAUUUCAGACCCUUGCGUUCUUGUUACACACAGGGCCCAAGGAGUUCCCACUCUCACAGCACACCCAGGAAGGUGCAGUGCAUGAGGUCCCAGUUCCAAGACAGCAGCCCGGAAGGGUUGCUUUGUUCCUCCAUGAGUGUGCAGAGCUUUCCUACCCAAAGAUCGACAUUAUCACGGUGGGCAGGCAAGAGUGCACCUCCUUGUGGCGAAAGUUCCCCUAUGCCGAUCCAGCAACAUCCGUCAUGCUUCCAGAUGCGGCCUUGCGCAUAUCUUGCGACGUGGUUCCAACCCGAGCGCAAUUGGCUGGCAUAGCGACCUUGCUUCUGAGGCCAGAGGAGGGUUCACUGCCAGAGACUUGUGCUUUAAGCCCUGUGCUACCCCCAUUUGAUGCUUCCUCGCUGAAUCAGCCGCGCCCGAAAAGCAAGGCUUUGAUAUUUCUUUGUCUGCACAGUACCUUCUGUGGUGGACAUGGGGACAGGCUUUUUGGCAUGCUGUCCGCUUUCCUGGCAGCAUUGCUUACUGGUAGAGCCUUCUUUAUAGACAUGCGCACACCUUUGCCCUUGUCGAGCAUCCUGCUUCCAAAGGAGCCGUGGCCGGCAAGCACCAGUUCUUGUGUGACGUACAGGUGGACCUCUGCCGAGGACGCAGCAAGUCUGGAGGCCGACAUCCGACUUUUCAUGUCGGACACCUCAGAGGUGCUUUGCGUAGCCUCCAAUCUGCGCCUCUUCAAAGCACUGCUGGGCUACGACGCCCAGCGGCGCUUCACGCGGACGGGUCUGGUCUCCGGCCUCUUCCGGCAUUUGUUCGGGCUGGGCGGCGGAUUGGGUUUCUGGGUGGAGGCCUUCCGGCGGCGGGUGGCCGGACGGAAGCUGCUGGGGAUCCACUUCCGGGGGGGCAACGAGAGCACGUGGAGCGACCCCGCGCGGCACGGGCUGUGGGAGUUGGACGCGGCGCUGAGCUGCGCUGCCAGCGUGGAGGCGCAGCUGGGGCUGCAGAACAGCGCCUGGCUGCUGGCGGCGGACACGAUGAAGGUGCGACAGGCGCCGCAGGUGGCGCGGCUCCACGAGCUGGGCAAGGUCCUGUUCCUGGAGGAUCGGCCCACGCACAUCGACCGAUCCACGCCGGAUGCGCUGGGGAUCUUCCAGUCCUGGGCCGUGUGGUGGGUGUUGGCCUUUGAAACUGACGCUGUGUUGCUGUCGCACUCCAACUUUGGCUGGAGCGCCGCUGAGAUUGGCCAGCGGCGGGCCUUCCACUUUCCCACUUGCCGGCCUGCUGACGUCACCAGCCCUUGCCAAAGACGAGGGAGAGCCUUUGACUCCAAAAUCCAGAGCCCUGAGCUGGUGGCUCCAGGAGAGGCUGCAAAGCCCUGCGCCAACUCCGGCCAAAGGGAAGAAGCUGCUGCGGCACAUGAUGAUUCGCAGGCCUCUGGGCGUGGUGAGCCGAGCUCCCAGCCUUGCGACUUCGCCGAAGACGGCGACGCCAGCUACGCCGGCCACGCCUCUCACGCCGGCCACGCCGGGCACACCCGCCACGCUGGCAGCUUUGUCACCGGCGAAGGCUGGGCCGACCUUGGCCUGGGCAGUGUUCGCUAUGACGAAAGGAAGGCCAAAGUCGUGGAGACGGAGACGAUUGACUCAGGCCGUGGCUCUGAAAGUGCAGAAGGUUCCGGUACCUCGCCCAGAGGGCUGGCUGCCGGGCGCGUUCUGCCGUCCAUGCUGGACUCGAUAUUCUUUCCGGGACGAAGGUCGCAGACCAUGAAGCUGGCGGAGCCUGCCGCAACGCCACAGCUGCGGAGGCCUGCCUCGGCUGCCUCUUUGCGUACGUGCAAGGACUCGACAGCAAACGUUUACCUCCAGGUUUGCGAGUCUCAGAAGCUGCUGCCCAGGCCGGCGCCCAUUGUGACCGGCCACUCCUUCAAGCUGGAUGCCCGGAACCAGGGCCUCACAGACAGCGAGCUAGCAGCGUGCCGCGUGCCCAUCGCGGAUCUUCAGCGCGUGGACUCCGUGGAUUUGGAGGCAAACGUGAAGCUGUCCGACCAGGCCAUCGCAGAGUUUUUGGUUGCUUUGGGCAACGGCCCGGGAAACAAGCUGAGCUUUCUCAGCUUGAAAGGAUGUGUGGGGGCUGCUUUCAACACGGCAGCGGCAUUGCUGGAGCUGCUGCAUGUGCCGCCAGCCCUUGCCUCGCUGAAGUACCUGGAUUUGAGCGGCAUCAAGUUCACUGCGCAAAGUCUCUCGACCUUGUGCAAUCUGAUCGGGCAGCACCCCUGCGUCGAGUCGCUCUUCCUGGCAGACGUUGGCAUCGGUAGCUCUGGCUCAGGUGAGCUGAUCUCACCCUGGAUGCAUUCAAUGCUGAGAAACCAGAGCCUCCGCGAGCUCGACCUCAGCUGGAACCUGCUGGAUUCAGAGGUCUUCUUUAACCUGGGUCGCUGUGUGACACAGAGCCAGCUCUCUUGUCUGCGCAUCUCCUGCUGCGCUUCGCGAGCGAUGAAUGAGAACACGGAGGGGCCGGCUGCUUCCUUCUUGGAGCACCUCUCGAGCCUGUGCCCUCUUCGCGAGCUGGACAUCUCGCUGAACCACAUCGACUACCGGGCCGCCUUGGUGCUGGAGGACUUGCUCUCCCAGAACUCCCGGCUGACGGCAUUGGACCUCUCGAACAACCCCAUUGGAGCAGUGGGCAUGCGCUGCUUUGCCCGACUGCUGGUGAGGGAAGAGUCGGGCUUGAGCAAAGUGCGGUUCGACGGCUGUGCCAGUGGCUCGAUGCUUGCCGCGGACUUGCAGUUCAUCAACAUCAACAACCCCGGGGGGCGCUACACCUUGCAGCUGGAUCGGCCGGAUCACCGCUCCGUGCUUAGGAUGCUCUACAAGACCUGCGAUAGACUGGGCAUACCAGCCAGCGAGGCUUUCUCAAACCUGAGCUUCUCACGGGGCACAUACAACCAUCCGCCAGUUGGGCCUGACGGCGUCUAUGAAGUUUGCAGAGAUGGAAGGCUUCAAGCCACCUUCAAGAUCGAGAAGGCUGUCCACCAAGCUUUGCAGGUGGAUGGCGCGGAUUUCUCAGGCUUCAUCCAGAAGAGGAAUGAGAUGAUGAGGCUUUGCCCCUCUGAGCGAAAGCAGAUCCUGCUGUUCCAUGCCUGGAGGACUGUCUCAAAUGUGGACCCAGAUCAGGCCGUUUUCCUCUCGGCCUUGGCGCGGGACAUCCGCCUGCCAUUUGCCCUCAUCCAGCAGAUGUGCAAGUCCUGCACCAAUCCAGCAGAGGUGGUGAGUAAGCUCUUCCCUUCCUUCGCAUCUGUGGCUCCAGAGAGGUACUUGACCUUGAUGACGGCGCGCUCCAUCUCGGAGGUGACGAAGAUCUGCAAAUUCGUAGGGUCUCUCCUGUUCUUCAACGUGGAGAAUCCCACCGGGCACUACAGGCUGGACUUGGCAAGCCCCGUGGACUACAGCACCGCCGAGAGUAUUGUGUUCUUGGACAGCUGGGAGACAGCCAUGAGGCGCAGCUGCGGCAAAGUGGACACAUCUCAGACCGGCAACUGGUCACAGGUGCGGAACUCCAUGUUCUGCGAUCGGCGGCUUGAGGCUCCCAUUAUCUCUGAGUGGCUGCUGCCGGAGGUGGGCAAACUGGAGCUCGACUACUCCAGCUCAAAGCGUCCGCCUUCAGGGGCGCCGGUGCUGGAUGCGGAUUCCUUCCAGCGCAUGCUCAUUGCUCUACAGGACCAGAACUUCUACAAGAAGGGAGAUGUGGCAAGCCAGGCCAAACUGCCGCGCAAUGACAUGCAGGCUUUGAGAAUGGUGUCCCACCUGAUUUACCUCAACGCGUACCAGACUCGUGCUCUUUUGGAGUGCUUCUUGGAUGCGAGUGACAGAGAAGACUGCCUGGUGACUCUGUUCAACCGAAUCGCCGAUAUGCACAAUGAGAAGCUCUUUUCGGUGCGCUUCGAGGGGGACAGCGAGCAGGUGAACCGCCUCCGGCGGAGGCUUGGGACGCUGGUCUUUUUCCCGUGGAUCCAGCCGGAGCAGGCAACCUUUUCGCUGUUCCUGGAGAACGUUGACGAGCGCAUGGCUCUUUGCUCCAUCAUCAACCUGGCCAAGAAGGAGCGCAUGUCCAACCUCGUGAAGCCCAGAUGGAUGAAGGGCGACGGAUCCGAGGACCCGCUCGCUUUCGGCUUGCCGCGCAGUUGGGAGACCCUCUCCAACAUUCCGUUACAGGGGACGGUGUACAUCAGCUACAGAUGCGCCCCUGAAGAUCGGAAUUUCAAGGUCCGGAAGGGAUUCUUGGAGACCUACAGCAAUUGGCCUUGCAAAGUGGGCGAGUCGGAGGUGCUGUGGUGGGCCUCUACGAAUGAAGUGCCGGUGGAUGUGAUGGAGUUCCUUGAGUUCCUAGCUGAGCGCUACGACAAUGUCUAUGAGGCCUUCGACGAUAUCAAGCCCUCGACUACACCUGUCCUUACUCUUCGUCAAUUUGAGGAAGGCUUGAGGCGUGUGAAGUGCAGAAAGUUUCGGGGCAAACGGGAGAUGGAGAAGAUCACAGGUGUGUUCCGCUACCUGGACCCCAGCGGCGAGGGCCAGGUGUCCCGCAACGAGUGGGGCAUGCUGGAGCUUUGCCACAAGGAGAUGGUCUAUUCCAUUCAGGAGUUUGUCCAGUUCUGCCAGCGCUCCUUUGGCAAUGACCUGAAUGCCGCUUGGGCUGUCUUCGACUUGAACGGAGACAACUACAUCUCGGAAGCUGAGUGGGUGUCUGUGGCCCGAUCAUUCUCUUACUUCGGCCCCACCCUUCCCAUCUUUCGCUUCUUGGACAAGGACGAUGAGGGGACGAUCUCCUUCGAGGAGUUUGAGGAGCUCAAGAAAUUCUGCAAGCCCUCGAAGCCAGAGGUGAAGGCGAUGGAGAAGGGCUACGAGACACUCAGGGCCAACGGGGCAAUAAUGCGGGACUUUCCCUGCACGCGGAUCCGGCUGCGGGCACGGCUGCAGCGGGCGCGGGCUGGAGCUGGCACCGCGGGCACAGGACGCUUGCCCACCCGAACUCAGCCGAUGCUGGACGAGGCGACGUUGGCGAAUCUGAAGCAUGCCCUGCCCAAAGUGAACUCCGCAGUCGGAGUGAGGGUGGCGACGGCAGUUGAGCGGUUCAUUGUGGCUAAUGGAGUGAAGGGCAGUCAGAUAACCGUGAUGAAGGUCAACCUGUAUAAGGAAGGCCUGCGCGAGUUGGUUUGCGACGUUGCCAUCCCGCAGAGUGUGUCUCCCUGUGGCGUGGCGAGGACCCUGAAGAUGGCGCUUGGGGAGGCCACACAGCCUGAGGCUGUCAGUCUACUUCAUGUGCUGCGCGUCACCUCUGCGCAAGUGAGUACACUCCAGAUCGAAGUGAGGCCUUCGAAAGAAAGAUUGAUGCACAAUUUGCGUGCGGCAAUCCCUUCAGUCACCAUGUCUCAGAAGAAGGUCACUCAAAUCUCGGAGGCGGCACUCAAGUGCAGCUCCAUUUACAUGCCUGUCAUGGAGUCCCAGAAAGACCAAGUGCAGGAGCUGAUGAGCAGGCCGAGCAAGUCCACCCACUGUGGUGCUCUGGGGACAGCGGAGCUACCAGAUCCUGCAUGGCAUGGAGUCCGACUGCUCUCGGGGCUCCUGGCACUGGCCGGGGCGGCGCAGCAGCGGCUCAAGGCGACUCUGGCGCCCAACACUGCUUGGGCCAAGGGUGUCUUCGGCGAAAGCGUCCCUCAGAGGCAUCAAUGCCGCUGGCACUCUGGCGCGGGGUUGAUCCCCGAAGCCGCUGCCUUUGACCCAGGUGUGCAGAAGAGGGAGCGCCUUUGCGAGGAAGUUAUGCUGGCGCAGCGCAUCUAUGAGCAGGACACUGCAGCUCACGAUUUGGUGGCCUCUAAGCUGGAGCUGCACUUCGAGCGCUUGCGGGAUCUUGUGGCAGCCUGGGACACCUUGGAAAGCUCCUUGGAGGUGGUCUGGGUGCGGAACAGGUUUCGGGAGCCAGACAGCUUUGGCUACCCUUGUGUGCGGAAGAUUGGCGUUUGUCAAUAUGUCCAAGACCCGCGGCACAAGAUCAGGGAGUGCACUGUGCGCUUCAUUAGCGAGAUCACUCUGCACUGCACGGCUUUCGUCGAGGCCAAGGAGAGCGCCGGGGCCUUCGAGCUGCAGGAGGAGCUGCAGGUGGCCCUGGCCGCCUGCGGCGUGAACGCCACCACCUUCGACCUGGCAGAGGCGGUGGUUGCCGAUGCCUUGGAGACUGCACGGCCAUCCAGAUACGCAGAAGCGCAGUGCAGGAGGUGGAGAGAGUCCUCGCCUUUUUGGAGAGGUACGCGCCGCAGAUCGGCGAGGAGGAGAAAGGCCCAGCGAAAGUCCUUCUGGAGGAGGCGAUUGCUCAGGCUGUGGCUUCAGGUUGUGCCGCCUCCAGCAUCGCCGCGCACGUGGCCAGGCUCAGUCCGAAGGUGCCAGAGAUACUCAGCAGCCUGGAGAAAGUCGAGAAUCAGGAGCCGCAGCAGCCGAGACGUCCCGUGCUGA